AGAAGUUACCCCGAGUGCAGCAUUACGGUACAAUAUGGCUUUCGCUUGCGUGAAAAUUCUGUGUUUCGGCGUCAUUUUACUACUCAGGGCGAAGACUUCACGUCAACAAGAAGAGGAUAUUCCUCACAAUGAGGUCAAGAACUGGGCGCUCAAGUUCGGCGUCGAUCUUUGGGAGUUUGGGAAGCAGGUGACAAAGAUGAACGAGAUACAACGGAAAUAUCACGAAGUCGACGCCGACGUCGUGCGAAAAGACGGUCAUCUUUUGAUUCGCGAAAUGGCUGCUGAGGUGAAGAACAUGAUGGAUUUCAAAAUGAAUGCCGUUAUGCGCAUUAUGGAGAGUGCCGAACAGGCGGCCGUCUCCGCCCCCAGAGAGGUCGACUCGUUCACCAAGUAUUAUGCCUCCCACCGCCUGAAUUUGUUCACCAAGGAUAAAAGGGUCGCCCCGGGGGCACGCGAAAUGAUCCUCACACCUAAUCGUCACUUUGACCAGCUGGCGGUGAACGUCAGUCUGUCCGCCGUACUUUUACCACCUGGCGUCAAGGACACCGAUCCUGAGGUCGCGGCUGGCGUCCAGUGGAGCGAGAUCCUCGAUCCACUUUUCACGAACAACUACGAAAGUGACCCGUCUCUGUCCUGGCAAUUCUUCGGGGCUACCUCCGGUUUCCUCCGACGAUUUCCAGCGAUAUCUUGGCCACCGGAAUCCACGACGGGACCGUCGAGAUCGUCGCCGGUAGUCCGCGACGUCUACGACUUUCGUAACUCCGGUUGGUUCGUCGGCGGGGCGACGAGUUCCAAGGAUCUGGCGAUCCUCAUCGACAACGGGGGUCACAUGUCGGGCAACAGACGGGACCUGGCGAUCGCGACGGCCAGGGCGAUACUCGGCACCCUCGGACCCGACGACUACGUCAACGUUUACCGUUACGCCGAGGGGGCGGACGAGGUGGUACAGUGCUUCAAGGAGAGCAUGGUGCAAGCCUCGCCCGAGAACGUCAGGGAGCUCAAAGCAGCCCUCGAAGCCACACGGCCCCAGGGGACCUCCAACGUUUCCGCCGCCCUCGCGACCGCCUUCGAGAUAUUGCACAAGUACAACCGGACCGGUCAGGGCAGUCAGUGCAACCAGGCGAUAAUGCUGAUAACCGCCGACACCAACGGUGUGCCGCGGGACAUCAUAAAGAAGUACAACUGGCCUCACAUGCCGGUGAGAAUAUUCACUUACCUCGUAGGGGGUGACAGGAGCCCGGAGCUUCGCGGCGUCGCUUGCGCCAACAAGGGAUAUUACGCGAGAAUAUCGAACACCGAUGAAAUCGAGGAGAAGGUCUUCGAAUACAUCAAAGUAUUGGCAAGGCCGAUGGUGCUCUACCAACACGAUCAUCCGAUACACUGGACAUCCGUAUACGUUGGUGGCAAGAGCAACAGAUACGGCGAGGAAAGAAACGGACAACUCAUGACGUCUGUGACGGUGCCGAUAUUGGACCGCCGAAACCAUACGGUGAAGGUCGCCAAUCUGUUGGGGAUCGUUGGCACAGACGUCCCGGUCGAGCAAAUCCAGAAACUCGUGCCUCCUUACAAGCUCGGCGUCAACGGCUACUCAUUCAUAGUCGACAACAACGGCCGGAUUUUGUAUCACCCAGACCUACGCCCGUUGCCGGGAAAUAUUGACUACGAGGAGACGUUGAGACCGAAAUACGUGAGCGUAGAUCUGUCGGAAGUAGAGCUUGCGGAAUACGAUGCGCCCUCUCAUCCGCUGAACAAUUCCCUUCUCCUCGACCUGAGGCACGAUAUGAUUGAUCAGAAACAGGGGGAGACCGAGUUCGCCGUAAAAAUUCACUACGACAACAUGAGGAGGGUGACUCUGAGGAGGCACAAAUACUUCUAUAUUCCGAUCGAGGGGACGCCGUUCUCUCUGGGUCUGGCUCUGCCGGAGGGGUACGGUAUGUACGAAUUCCUAGCGGAGCAGGAGAUCAAGCAUGCUAAAUUUAAUGUCACCGAGUACUUUAAGCUGGGGGACAACUGGAAGGUACACCCCGACUGGGUUUACUGCGAGUACAACUCGGGCUCGGACAAAUGGUUCGCCACGCCCGAAGAGAGGGUCUUCCAUUUUUUAGACCGAACUCGUCGCCCCGGCUGGAAAUGGAUGUCAUUGAGACCCAGAAGCCCCAGCUCGCAUCACAGACAAGCGAGCAAGCCGGACAAGGACUCUUACUAUUGUGACAAGACGUUGGUACAGUCGCUGGUGUUGGACGCUCUGGCAACCGAUGGAUUUGACAGGAGAAGUACGCAUACUGUGCAUAAAGAGGAGAAGCAAAGCCCAAUUGCCAUACUGAUGGCUCUACUGCACAGCCAAGGAAAAGGGAUGUUCGGGGUGACGCGGAGCUUCAUCGCUACUCGUAGCGGGUUGCUGCGUUGGCACGAACAUCCUCAACAAGAUGACCUCCCUGUCGAAGCUACCGACGAGCCACACUUUGCCGACGUCCACAGAAGAGCCAUGGAUUCGUCAUGGUACAAAAGGGCCGUCGAUCAGCAUGCCGUUGAACCAGAAAGUUUCGUAUUCAGCGUACCAUUCGACGCGGCCGAUAGUACAAAAUCAUUAGUCACCGCGACGCACGCCGUAUUCGUCGAAAGGAAAGGACACAGGGCUCCUGCUGCCGUUGUAGGUCUACAGUUUCAGCACUCCUCCCUGGCCGCCCAUUUUAUCAACAUCACCUCGACAUGCUCGGCGACAACGGGCUGCAAGAAGACCUGCGCGUCCGAAGAAUUGGACUGUUACAUCCUGGACAACGGAGGGUUCAUCAUCAUCAGCGAGAGUCACGAGCACACAGGGAAAUUUUUCGGGGAAAUCGACGGAACCAUAAUGGAUUCGCUCGUCCAAGAUAGGAUUUAUAGGAAAGUGACGGUGGUCGAUUACCAGGGAGUCUGUCUUCCGCAGCGGUCCCGUUACUCCGCCGCGGCGAAGACAUUUUCGGACUCCAUCGUCAAGACGUUGGUAUCGAUCGGUGGAUUACUCUGGAGUCUCGGCCUCAAGCUGACCCUUCGCGACCUUUGGGGACCGACUUGGACUUGUGCCGAAGAAACUGAGACGGACGACGAACUGGUCUACACGGACGAUUACGAGACGAAUCACUUCGAAUCCUACGCCCCAGACUUCGCGGAGGAUGUCGCCCCCGAGACCGAGGAACUUCCGGUACCACCAGCGGCGGUACCCGGCCCAGCUUCCGUUCCAGCUCCAGCCCCGAUUCCGUUGCCGGCACCUGCGGUACCACCGACAACACAUGCCACUCACGCGACCUUCGCCGAAGGGCGUAGGGUACGCGCCUGCGAGAAGAAGACCGAUCUCUAUAUCCUGCAGCCGGAGCGUCUGAACACCAGUGGCCAGAGUAAUCCGCUCAAGGGGAAAUUGACCAACUGCCACGUUACCGGAUGCGAGAGACCGUUCAGCGUCCAGAAAAUUCAACACACGAAUUUGAUCCUGUUGGUGGUGGACACCUUAUGCCCCUGCGGUAGCAAACAGCUAAGUAUCGAGCCGAUGGAAGCUCUUACGGAACCCGGUGCCUGCACGGCGCGCAGAGAACGACUUUACAGACGAAGACCACCGAAAUGUAUAAAUUACCAUCCAGAGGAGAUGGAAAUCAGGGAGUGUGGAGGAUCGAGUCGCGUUAGCUUGCCGGCCAUAAGUCUUGUCGCAAUAGUCGCCGUUUUGGCCCCAUACUUGACGUGAUUCUCCCAAAAUCCGAUAUUAUCCGCUGAUUAAAUUGAUCUUAUUUGGCACACAGCUUCGGAUCAGAAGAAAUAAUUUGUACGUAUAAGUAUAAUGUACGUACUAUUUAUUAUACGCGAGGUCGAGCUACGAUUUGUUUCUUGCAAAACGGUCGACGCGGCCAAAUUAUAUUCAAGUUGUAUUCGGCGACAGCCCUAUACCCUCAACACCUAUGUCAUCGUAUGUAUGUACGUACAAUGUAGAUGAAAAACCGCAUGCACAUACAUGCGUACAUACAUGGGAUGUAACUUCUACGCCCAUUCCAUGUAUGCGCAGGUGUACACGCCUAUACACCUGUAGUUACACAUACCUAGGACAGGUGCAAUUGUUGACAUUUUACUCUACGUACACCCUAUUUCACUAGGACAAUAAACUUCAUAUAACAUGCGCGAUGUUAUCACCUGCAUCACGAUUCAUUAUAAUUAUCACUAACGUCGUACCGUUAAUUCAGUUUGUCAUCAACAUCUCAAUUUAUCUUUAUCGUUAACAUUAUGUUCACCUUUGUUACUACCAUCACCGUUACUACUGUCAUCACUGUUAUUAUUACCAUAAUUGUUAUCUUUAUUGUGACCAUUAUGAUCAUUAUUAUUGCUGAUGUCGAUGUUAACGUUGUUAUUGUUACUAUAUCGUCAUCGUUGUCGGUGUCGCUCUUGAUUUUGUUGGGCAAAUCAUCGCUGCUGAUCGUGAGAUUCGAAAAAAAUUUAUAGGGAUAUAACUAUUCGAGCUUUCGUACCUGCGCGCGAAUCCAGUUUAUGCAAUAUACGCGUAGUUCCUGUACAUCGUGAAAUAAUUAAUGCCGGAAUAUUUUCACGAACGAACGAUCAAAUAUCAGGAUGAUAAUAACUAUAAUAAGUAUACAAUGUGGUAGCGGAAAAACGGGAGGUAGGCUGCAGGAUAUUAUCAAAUCUACAUAUAUUAAUACAGUAGGAAAUGAUAUAAAUAAAUGAAUAAAUAAAUCGUGUACAUAAUAGACAAUAAUUUAAUGGCCAAAACGAACGAGUAAAUAGAUGAAUAAUAAACUAAUUCCAUAUAAUAAUACGCGCACAUGACGGACGACGAAAGAUAUGACCGAUGUCUGCUGCAGAUAAAAUAUGGAUGACUUUGUUGGAAGAUCGUUAUACUAUCGAAUGUUUAUAGAGAUUAGCCCUGUUAUUUAUACAAAUAUCUACAGUUUUAUGAGGGAAUGCUCAUACCUAUGCCAUAGGUAAACAGAUACACGAUAAUUAGAGAAUGACCGAGAGUAUUAUUUAUUAGCACCAUAUCGCGAUAUCCGAAUGGUUGUAAUUACGAUGGAUGUGUAUCUAAAUUACAUAUUAAAUAUAUAUACAUACCGGUUUGGAUAUACGUGUACGGAUAUUAUAAUAGUACAUUAAAGAGACACGCGAGGACGUGUAUAAAUUUAGCAAUUUCUAUAUGUAUAAACGAUUGAUAAAAAGAAAAAGAAAAAACCAAAAAAAAAAGAAAAAAAAAAAAGAAAACUUUAUGGGACCCAAGAAUUAUAACUUGGCUAGUGUGAAUCGGUUUCAAUUGAACCGAGGAAAUGGCAAACGGAGCGCAGGUAUGCGUAAAACGAGACGAGAUGCGAAUUGAAUAUUUUUCUUUCUGCCCACUUGCACCGGAGCAGCGGCGAAUGCUUUGCCUAAAUCUUAUCGGGUGAUUUUACUUUUUUAAUCGUUGUAUCAUUUGUCCGAUGAAAUUUCCUUUGAAAUUUAAACGGGCGUCGCGACUUGAAUUCGAACGCUCUUAAGGGACAACCUUCGAUCGUUCGCGAACUUCUGGGGAUGCCUGAAAUUUUUCUGUCCAUCAUUGUAUCAUCGAUAGAUCGUUAAUUGUACAUACACGAAUAUGAGUAUACCUCGCUAAAACAAGUAUUACAAUUACAUUAUACACCUAUCAAUUAAAUAUACGAUUUCAUGGAAAGUUCGGUAGACCGUCUCCAGUAUUAAACGAUCGAGUCCUCGGGACGACACCCUCAAUUGUAACUAUCGUUAUCAGGCAGAGACACGACGAACUGACCGAGACGACAACCGACCGAUACUACCACCAUGUAAACGUAUACGUACAUACAUACCUAUUUGUCAGUUGCGGAUUCGUUUGCGGAAAUUCCAUGAUUAUCGGUCUCGCUGUAGGUGGUCCACAUUGUCCGAUCUUUGGCGCAGAAAAAAAGAAAGAAAUAAAUAAAAUGAAUGAACGCGGAGAUGGGAAUUGAUGAUUCGCGUGUUAACAUUUGCGUUGCAUAGUACCGGCCACGUGCAGGCAAAUAGCAUCACGCUGCAAACAUGCCACACACUAAUAUAUAAACACGUCGAUAUUCUGCACCCUGCAAAUUAUCGUAUAGCAUAUGAUAAUUGAUAAUUGAAUUACAUAGCAUUAUGUAUAGACAGAUAUUCCUAUAAUGUAAUCACGCAUAUUAAUGUUAUUAUACGAAAAUUUAUGAAAUUACCUAUUAUUCAGACAAUACGAAACUUAGAAUUUAUACUGGUAAAAAAAAAACCUAAGCGCAGUCUAAUUAUAAGUAUACGCAUAUUAGGUAUAUUAUAAAUACAUAUAACACUGACACGUGUUGCAUACGUCGAAACAUAUACAUUUGUAUAUGAUAUACUAUACAUAUAGGUAUGUAUAUUGUAUGUAUACUAUGUACGUGUACAUGUGUCUCUUGUACAUACAGGUAUGCAGUCAUGUAUUACUAUUGUGUACAAUUGAUCGUUGGUUUUUUUACGCUCUACAACAAAUUCUUACUAUCAUGAUAUCAUCGUCAUAUUUCAUAUUGCCUAUCGUAAUGUAUACCCCUAUGUCGUAUACAUAUCAUAAUCGUUAUCAUCAUCAUCAUCAUCGUCAUCGUCGUCGUCAUCGUCAUUAUAUUGUUGCAAUUGUUAAGAUCAUUCUAGUAGCUAUAAUUAAAAUAUAAUAUAUAGAUAUAUUAUACAAUGAGAUAGGUCCUUAUACAUACCUUAUACCAUAAUCAUGCAAAAGUUGAGUGAUGAUUGUCUGCAAGACUUCUUGCCUUUCGCACUGUAUAAUUUUAUUCGGAUGCCGUGUAUGUAUAGUCUGACGAAGUGCGUUGAAAGAAUGUGGGUGCAAAUGAAUAAUGCCAUGUUGUUGAGUCGAAUGCGUUGAGAAUGUAUGGAUCAAUCUAAAAAUAAGAUCAAUAACCAUAUUAACAAUAAUAAGAUAAUUAAAAAAAAUAACAUUAAAAACAACAACAACAAUAGUAAUGGUAGUACUAGUAGUAUAGUGUUAGUAGCAGCAGUAAUAAUAAUAAUGAUAAAAAUAAUCGGGAGUAGUACAAUAACAAUACCAAUAGUAACAACAACAGUAACAGCAGCAGUAACGACAAUGACAUCGACACCGAUAACGCGACAACGCAACGACCAUGCACGACAACGACGACAACUAUAUUAACAGUAACAAUAACAUUAAUAGCAUUAAUAACAUUAAUGAUAAUGAUAAUGAUAAUAAUAAUAAUGAUAAUAAUAAUAUUGAUAAUAAUUAAAAAUGGAAACAACAAUAAUAAAAUUAAUAUUAUAAGAUGACGUUGUAUAUGACGAUAAUAACGUAUGCAAAUAGGAGGGAAACUGCAGCAGACGUAUACAUAAGUAUAACUGAACGUGUGGAAUAAUGUAACACUAUAAUAUAGAUAUGAUACUUUUAAAGCAUCGCAACUGCAGAUGCUGUCGAGUCUUCCAUUAUCUGUAUAACGCUAUUAUAUUAAUGAUAUUUAAAUAUUAUAUUAUAUUAUAUUAUAUUAUAUUAAAUUAAAUUAAACUAAAUUAAAUUAAAUUAUAUUAUAUUAUAUGAUAUUACGAUACACAUAUUCUAUGAAAAAUCAUCACACAUACCUAUACGUAUAGCAUGCACAUGGCAUGAUGACAUACAUACAUAUACCUAUUACCUAUACAUAUUAUACAUACUACAAUAACAUAACGCAGCGUAUAACGUAUUAUCAUAAUUAAUAGAUGAAAUAAAAUAACUAAAACUGAUAAAACCGACGAGUUGCGAAAAAUGUAAUCGCAAGUAUGGCGUGUGCAUAAUUGGAAAUAUAUAUGUAUAAAUUAUAGUGUUGAGUGUUCAAGGGAUAUGAUGAGUGAUUAGACUUAUAGAUGCUACUAUACGUCGCGUUAUUCUAUAAUUCUAUUCCUCAUCAUUUCACCGAUUUCGAUCAAAUCGAUUUAAAAGAAUUGCACUUUUCGUCUCAUGAUCCUUCGACCUUUCAACACCCAACAUCCAUCUUGCUGGAGGUUCAAGCUAAAUACCUAAUUAUAUACAUAAAAUUGAAACAUAGUCUACACAUACAUAGGUAGGUUGUGCCUGUACAAUAUUGUACCUAUAAUCUUGUUUUCGAAAUUUCGAUAUUCUCAAAUUUUCGUCCCUACUUCCCAGCCACCCACGUUUCCUGUUAUUGUAUGGAGAUGUAAGGGAGGUAUAUUCUGUUGCCAGAGAUUCAAGUAAAUUAACUGUACCAUGAAUAAAAUCACGGAGCAUUGAAAA